ACGAAUCAAACGAUCUCUAAGCUUUCUGAAACCAGUCGUCGUUCUCCGUUUGACAAGAAAUCAAAGUCAAAACUCCGGCCGGCUGCGAGUGGAUUCCUAGGCAAGAAAACCCCCUUUUCUAUAAAUAAUAAAUCUCUUCAUGAGCCUCCGAUACUGAGCUGCGAACACCAUGACUUGUUCAAUCGCCUCCUCCGUCCUUGUUGUUUUCAUUUUGCUGAGCUCAAUCCCGAUCCAAACCCAAGCAAGCAAGCCUCACGUCAUCAAUUUCCGAUCCCCAAAUCUCUACCCCGAAGGCCUCGCCUACGACCCCUCAGCCCAGCACUUCAUCGUCGGCGCCAUCCGCCAACGCACCAUCUACUCCGUCUCCGACGCCGGCGUAACCGACCUUCUCAUCUCCGACCCCACUCUCCCCGAAAACGUCACCUUCCUCGGCCUCGCCGUCGACGCCGUCAACAACCGCCUCCUCGCCGCCGUCCAAGCCUCCUCGCCGCUCCCUCACUUCAGCGCCCUCGCCGCCUACGACCUCCGUACGCGCCGCCGCCUCUUCCUCACGCCCCUCCCCUCCGCCGACGGCGACGCCUCCCGCCAGAUCGCCAACGACGUCGCCGUGGAUUUCAAGGGCAACGCCUACGUCACCAACUCGGCGGCGAACUUCAUCUGGAAAGUCAACUCCGACGGCGCGGCCUCCGUCCUCUCCAAGUCCCCGCUAUUCUCUGCGCAUCCUGUGGACCCCGACUCGCCCUUUAGCUUCUGCGGCCUCAACGGCAUUGCUUACGUCAGCAAGGGGUAUCUACUGGUGGUGCAAUCCAACACCGGGAAGCUGUUCAAGGUGGACGCGGAGGACGGAACCGCCAGGGAGGUGCUGCUGCCGGAGGACUUGCCUCUGGCCGACGGGAUUGCUGUCCGACGAGACGGGACCGUUGUGGUGGUUUCCAUGAAUAAAAUGUGGUUUCUUAAGAGCCAAGACAGCUGGGGAGAGGGUGCGGUUUUUGACAAGACGCAGCUUGAAGUGGAGAGGUUUCCGACCUCGGUGGCCGUGGCAGCGGAGGACAGGGUGUACGUGAUAUACGGGCAUGCGCUUGAGGGAAUGACGGGGAAUUCGGAGAGGGAGAUGUUUAGUAUAGCGGAGGUGAGGUCGGAGAAGGAGAGCAAGGAGGAGGGUGUUUGGAUUUUUGUUUUGGUUGGGUUGGGUUUGGCUUAUUUCAUGUUCUGGAGGUUUCAGAUGCGCCAUCUUGUUGGCAGCAUGAACAAAAAGACCAACUAGUUUAGCAUUUUUGUAGCUUGUUUUUGUAACAAUAAACUUGGUUUUUCUGCUAUAUAUAAAGAUUGUGCUUAUUGCCCCAAAUCGAAA